UUGAAAACAGACCGCGCAGUGUCGUCAUAUCCGGGAGGCAGUACAUACUGGCUGCUGAUUCACUUCAGAAAUAAACAUCGUCCUGUUUUUAUGAAAUAUAAACAUGUCAGUAUAAUAAACUGUGGAAACUCAGCGAUAAUACUUUCCGACAGCUUACCAUGGUCCCUACAGACUUUAAAGCCCUGAUCCAGAGGUUUUACCAGCUUCAGUCGGAGCGGGUGGAGACGUAUCAGCUCUUUGAAGAAGGACACGAGGCCUACUUGAGGACGGGGCCCCAUUAUGACUUCGACCACUACAAGCAGCUGGUGCAUGAGAUCACUCUGGCCUUUAAUGGCAUCUCCAAAGAAGUCCUGGAGAUUAAGGAGAAGCUGCAUCACGAAUUCGACCGACCUGCCCUCUCUGAGCACAUGGAGAAGCUGCAGUGCAAAGAGAAGCAGAAACUUGAACUGAAAUGA